AUAUAUGUAUAUAACGAUAUCCAAAACUCCAGAAUAUUGAACAUGAAUAUCCUAAACUCCAUAGUUCGGACUCCAAAUGCAUUGGUAAGAUCAUCAUCAUCACCAUCGCCAUCACCAUCACCGUCAACUUCACCCCUGAAAAUAGGGUCUCCUGUCAUCGUCGUUGAAGCCCCCAAGAUGAUCAAAACGGCGGCGUCUGUACCUUGCCUCAGACAUAAUUCUGGCUUAGUCAAUCCCGGCGAUGUGGGAAGAGUUUUAUCAAGAAAGCCCAAGGAUGUAUGGGCUGUGAGGUUAAGCAUUGGCACGUAUCUUUUGGACAGGAAAUAUUUCGAACCCUUAGAGCUUGACGAUCAAUAAACCCUAAAGCUCUCACUUUAAUUUACCCAUUACAUUAUAUUUUGUUGCCGUGCUUAAAUUUCUGAUGAUUUUAAUCACGAGAAUAUUUUUAUAAGUAUUCUAUUAAUUAAUUUUAUGUGUAUUCGGAUGACGUAACAAAA